AUGGGUGAGCCGGACGAAUACACCAUCAACAAACUGCCCCAGAUCGACUCAGCUAGCGAAUUCGCAGCCCAGGAGCAGACCGCCGAGUUUGAAAGCGAGGGGGAUUUCGAUCACCGGGCGUCGAAGCGCUUCUCAACAGACGAGCUAACCGCGUACGACCUUCGACCGCCGCCUCCUACCAUUUCAGAUGCCAACGCAGAGUAUCUGACCGAACGACUCUAUUCAGCAAACCAUCUCAAUGUCAUACUGAAAGACCCCGCGCAUUUUCAACGCUUCAGAGGAUUUCUCAAUCGGUAUCGCCCGCAAUCCGUACCGACGCUUGUACGAUACCUCGAAUCGCAGAAAGCUCUCACGGCGGUUCAUUACGCCAAUGCUCUGGCUGAUCAAAUAUCGCUCCAUUCGCGCCAAUCUUCCCGAAGCUCGUGCAGAAGCGAAGCUGCCAUGGUGGACACAAAGUUUGAGAAUCUCUCGAGGAGAGCUGUUGACGAGCUAGUCACGGAUGCGUUACCAGCAUACAUCACCUAUCGGAUGGUGACAGUCGUGACGGACUGCUUGAUCAAGGAGAUUACAGGCAACAACACACCUCUGAUGAAGGAGAUGGUACAGGGGCUUGCAGAGGUGUAUUGCAUGACUGACCCCAGUCAGCCAGAUAAUCCUAUUGUGUUCGCGUCAGAAGAGUUCUACAAUACCACGCAAUAUGGUCGUGAAUAUGUAAUUGGGAAAAACUGCCGGUUCUUGCAAGGUCCGAGGACUCAAAAAGCCGCGGUGAAGCGUAUAAGCAACGCUCUACACAACGGGCAAGAGAUCAGCGAGAUCUUGCUGAACUAUCGUCGUGACGGCAGCCCUUUCCUCAACCUGGUUAUGAUGGCUCCACUCAUGGAUCACCAUGGCAAAGUCCGCUACUUCAUCGGAGCCCAGAUUGACAUAAGCCACCUCCUUGAAGGAGGAAAAGGCUUGGAGUCGUUCAAACAUCUUCUCGACCAGGAUCAAGAAGCCCUGGAAAAAGAGGAGAACCGCAAUGCUGGUGAGCAGAAACCGUCUCUGAGACUGCUGCACGAGUUGGGCGGCCUUCUCACGGAUGAAGAGAUGGACGUGGUAAGACCGCGCCGCAAUUCGAUCGAAUCUAGUGGUAGCACGCCGACGCGUGCGAACUUCCCGACAAGACGCUAUGUGGGCAUGGAUGAGCCGAUGGAAGGCAACAUCUGGCCGCCCACGCAAUUUGGUCCUUCUGGGCGGCUACCGGGCGUCUAUCAGAAUUACCUUCUCGUACGCCCAUAUCCCUCGCUUCGUAUAAUCUUCACAUCUGCUGCGCUGCGUAUCCCAGGUCUCUCACAAUCAAAGCUCAUGGACAGGAUCAGCGGUCCGCAGCAUGUUCGGGAAGGCGUCCUCGAAGCGCUCGCGCAGGGCGUCGGCGUCACGGCAAAGAUCUCGUGGCUCACGCACGCAUCCCGCGGGCACCAGAAUGGCCACUCCGACAACGACAGCGCGUCCGUAGCGAGCGGAUCAACAGAAUUCGUCGAAGGCAAACCUCGCUGGAUCCACUGCACACCGCUCCAGGGCUCAGAUUGCAAAGCCGGCGUCAUCAUGGUCGUAAUGGUCGACAAGGAAGAAAUGACCGGUGCACUGAAUGGUAAUUCACACACAGCAUCUCCUCGGCAUGCGAGGAGUAGACAAAUCCUCCGUCACGCCGACUACACGAGGGAAGGCUGGCCUCUGAGAAGCCUGAGCAGCACUCGCGACGGCGCGGGGAAGUACACGGGGAGUAAGCUGUACGCGGAUUACUUGCGCAGGGAGGGUAGGAGUGGUAGUAGAGAGGAGGAGAGGACUGUUGUGGGAGGGGCGGGUGUGAUGGGCAGAUUGGAGAGUCCGGCUCCGAGUGGAAGGAGCAACGGCAGUUUGGCCGUGAGGAGGAGCAUUAGUAUGAGGACGAGAGAGGGGAGGGAGAUGGGGUGA